AUGCACAUCAAAAUUGCCGAAUUAAAAAGAAUGAUGUGCAUGUUAAAAUUAAUUUUGAACAUGGUGGGUUUGAGAUUAAAACGGGGUAGUCGAGUCAAAUGGAUCGAUGUGAAUGCUAUUUUCAAAGGCAGAAUUAGAACAGGAAUUAUAAUAAAUUUAAAACAUAAAGAAAUUAAAAAUUUUUUAAAGGAUACAUUUCAUUUAUUCAAAAUUAGAGUGAGGAACAUUUUAAAAACAAUGUCAAUGCUUAAAAUUAAUACAACUUUUUGGGGGGAUUUUAUAAAGCAGUCAGGUGAUCAGGAAUUAAUAGAUCGAAAGUAUUUUAUUACUCCUAAUGCAGUUGUGGAUGCAGGGACGGACUUAACUGAUUGGUUUAAUAAUAAAGUAGUUGAUAUAGUUCUAAAUAAAUUAUCAGAAUUUUCUGAAAAGAAUAGCGGGUGGGCCAUCAGUAAAAUUGUUUUACUAGAAGUAGCAAUAAAUAAGUAUGAAGUGGGUAACGGCACGUCUUUCAUUAAAUUACCUAAUCAAAUUUUAAAAAAACAGGCUUGCAUAAACGUUCAAAAUAGAGACCAAAGUUGUUUCUUUUGGAGUAUUGUAAGCGCUUUAUAUCCUCCUACAGGAAACGUAUCACGCACGAAUUCGUAUCCUCAUUAUAGCACCGUUCUAAAUAUACAGGGGUUGGAAAUUCCAGUUAAAUUAAAUCAAAUUUCAAAAUUUGAGAAAUUUAACCAAAUUUCGGUUAACAUUUAUACGUUAGAAUUAAACGAGAGUUCAUUUUAUGUAAUAGUACCUGCUCUUUUAACUAAAAAUAAAAUGGAACGUCAUGUCAAUUUAUUAUUAAUACAAGAUCAGUAUUUUCCGAAACUCAAUGAUUACGAAGCGCCAUCUGUUGAUAAUGAAAAUAUCGAAAUCAAAUUUCAUUAUGUUUGGAUAAAAAAUUUGUCGAGAUUAAUUUCAAGUCAACUCAGUAAAAAUCAUAAUAAAAAAUUCUUAUGCGACAGAUGCCUAAAUUAUUUUUCUAGUCAAGAGAGGCUGGAUGAACGUGAAAAACUUUGCCAAAAUAAAAAUAAAUGUAAAAUAUCAUUUCCUAAAUUUGAUUAUGUAGAGUUUAGGAAUUACGUUUAUAAACAAAAAUGUCCAUUUGUAAUUUAUGCUGACUUUGAAUCACAGCUAGAGAAUUGUGAUAAUAAGGUUUCGGAAAAAACUGUUAAAUACCAAAAACAUCAUGCUUUUAGUGCAGGCUAUUACCUAAAAUGUUCCUAUGAUGAUAGUCUUUCUUAUUUUAAUAGCUACAGAGGAAGUGAUUGUAUGCAAUGGUUUGCAAACCAAUUAUCGAAUUUAGCUAGUUUUAUCGAGUCAAAAAUUAAAAAUAUUAUUCCAAUGGUUGUUGAACUGGAUAUAGUUAAAGCUAAAAUAUGUCAUAUUUGUGAAAAACAUUUUAGUAAUAAAGACGUCAUCGUACUUGACCAUGAUCACUUUAACGGUGUAUUAAGAGGAAGCGCCCACCAGGCAUGCAAUCUGAACUUUAGAAAAUUGUUUGUGGUACCUAUAGCAUUUCACAACCUUACAGGUUAUGAUAGCCAUUUUAUCAUAAAAGAUAUUGCUAAACGUGGGCGUAUAAGCAUACUCCCCAUAAAUAUGGAAAAAUACAUUUCGUUUACACAAUACGAUUCAGAAACCAAUAUAAAAUUUAGAUUUAUAGAUUCAUAUAGAUUUAUGGGGGCUAGUCUUGACGAAUUGGUAAACACUUUAACGGUUGAAAACUUGCAAAAUUUAAAAAAAGAAUUUAACGAUUUAAAUGAAGAAAAUUUUAAAUUAUUAACUAAGAAAGGUGUUUUUCCUUACGAUUACAUCAGCAACUUGAAUAAAUUAAAUGAUACUCAAUUGCCAUCUAAAGAGCAAUUUUACAAUAGAUUAUGUGAUGAGCAUAUUAGCGAUGAGAGGUAUGCUAAUGCGCGAAACGUUUGGCAAUCGUUUACAAUUAAAAACUUAGGUGAAUAUAGUGAUUUAUACAUGCGCACAGAUAUCCUUCUUCUUGCGGACGUUAUGGAAAAUUUCAGGGAAACUGCUUUGAACACGUAUGGCUUAGACCCUGCAUGGUAUUACACAAUGCCUGGGUAUACAUGGGAUUGUAUGCUAAAGUACACUAAAUGUAAAUUAAGAAUUUUGAAAGAUGUUGAUAUGGUAAUGUUUAUUGAAGAAGGCAUUAGAGGCGGAAUAUCGGUUUGCUGUAACCGAUAUUCUGAAGCUAAUAAUCGAUAUAUGGAGACAUACGAUCCUACAAAGUCUACAAAGUAUCUAUUUUACCUCGAUGUAAAUAAUUUGUAUGGAUGGGCCAUGUCUCAGUUUCUACCAUACGACGGGUUUGAAUGGGUAGAUACCAACAUAGAUGUCACCCAAAUCCCUAACGAUGCUCAGGAAGGGUAUGUUUUACAAGUCGAUUUAGAGUAUCCUGAAGGAAUUCAUGAUUUACAUAAAGAUUUUCCGUUUUGUGCUGAACACAGCGUCCCACCAGGUUCAACAUUGACUAAAUUAAUGUCAACAUUAUAUAAUAAAGAAAAAUACAUUCUACAUUACCGAAAUUUGAAGCAAGCUUUGGCGCAUGGUUUAAAAUUGACAAAAAUACAUAAAGUGUUAAAAUUUAAGCAAUCUGCGUGGCUAAAGCCUUAUAUCGAGCUUAACACUCGUUUGAGGGCUGCAGCUACCAGUUGUUUUGCAAAGAACCAGUUUAAACUUGCAAAUAACGCAGUGUUUGGCAAGACUAUGGAAAAUAUACGAUUUCACAGGACAGUGAAGCUAGUAAAUUCAUAUGAGGGACGUUACGGAGCCAAAAAUUUAAUUUCUAGCCCAAGAUUUCACAACAGAACAAUUUUCGACGAAGAUUUGAUGGCUAUUGAACUAAAAAAGACUCAACUAGUUUUCAAUAAACCUCUAUAUAUUGGAAUGACUAUUCUAGAUAUUUCGAAAACUUGUAUGUACAACUUUCAUUACAAUUUUAUGCUUCCAACUCUAGGGGUGGAAAAUUGUGGAAUUGCUUCAGUGUUAGCAGAAAUAAUUGCCAUAGUAUUUUUUAGAACGUCAGUAACCAACUCAUAG